UAGCCUAGACGCUAAUUAGCGCUAGCUAACCGCUAACGUUAGCUUGUUAGCUUGUUUCGUUCUGCUUUGCUUUGCAUAGUAACAGGUCAUAGCAUCUUCCAAUUGUAAGAAUGUUUGCUUAUGUCAGCUCACACGUGAUAUUUUGUGUUUGUUUACAGUUUUACCAUUCAUCCAUUCAUGUAUUUCAACAAAGCCAUGCUAUGCAUCCAAUCAAAUAAAUCCACCAGAAAGGAACAACGGUGUGGUUUUUCUACAUGGGAUGAUGGUUGUCUGUCUGCCUAGUUAAGUGCGAGGGCAGAAUAGUAAAAAGACUUGGUGAAACGGCUACUUCAGGAGGCACAUUCUCCCAGACAUCUGACCCAGACGUGACUAUGCUGUCAGCAGAGGAGGAGCAGCUGGAGAUCCGGUCCACCUGCUCUGGAUCAACAUCCAGAUCCCGCAGCUCAUUCGCCAAAGCAGCAGUCGAAGCACGGGCAAAGGCCGAAGCAGCACGCGCCAGAGCAGAGUUUACACGACGGGAGAUUGAGGUGAAAAUGAGGCAAGCAGAGUUAAGUGCUACAUUAGAAGCACUAAAAGAAGAAAAGGAAGCAGAAGCUGCGCUUGCUGAAGCCAAUGUAUUUGAAGCAGCAAUAGCAGAGGAGGUAAGCGGGGAAAUGUGGUCAUCUCGUGUGUCAGAAAAACAAUAUGGGGAAUCACGACAAAGUCAAGAGAACUCACAACCAGCACUGAACUCUCACGCUCUACGCCAGCUUCCAGCUUCAACCCAGUCAUACAGACUGCAGAGUUAUCUUGGAUAUUCUUCACCAGAGCAUCGCAGAGAAGACUUGCCGGACCCUAAACACUUUACACCCAUAAAACAGUGUAACAUCAGUCCAAUCCCUGAUCCAGCCACUUCACCUCAACACGUCCCACAGGUAAAUCAACAGGACAUCAAAGAUGAGAUCGGCAGCCAUCUGACACCAGCUGCUGAUACCCAAGAAAAAUGUGGCCAAAGCAGAGGGCCUACAUCGAGUUUGGACACGGCUACAAGAAUGCUAUGGCACUCCAGAGGCUAUUGAGAAGUCGCUCCUUGACAGACUUGAACGCUUUCCUAGAGUGUCAAACAAAGACCCCCAGAAUCUCAGAGAACUUGGCGACCUACUUUCUGAAAUUGAUGCAGCCAAAUCAGACGGCUCUUUACCUGGGCUAGUGUAUUUGGACACAUCACGUGGCAUUGCCCCGAUAGUUGAUAAGUUGCCAACAAAUCUUCAAGACAGGUGGAUGUCAGAGGGGACUAAAUACAAGCAGAGAC